AUGACCGAUACCGCCUUCACUGCCUUGCAGUACCUUCCCAUGCCCGUACUGGUCCUCUCGAGCGAAAAGACGGUUGUGCUUGCCAACGAGGCCUUGGGUAGACUUCUUGGUAUAGACUUGCAGCAAACGACUCCCUUAGACAGUGCUGGAAUGAAUGAGCAAGAGGAUGUUAGAAGUGCCAGCGACGUCUUGGCCGGUGUACCAAUGGACUGCCUUGGAAUGGACCUUCUCCAGAAUGCGAACCCGGUGUGGAUGCGAUGGGAAGACUUCCUCAACACUAUCAAACAGGAUGCCAUCGAUGCUAGUGCCCAGUCAGAAGGCAGGUCCGACGGUGGGGACCUUACACCCACUGCCGAGACAUACGACGGCUCAGCAGCCGUGCAAUCAAGUCCCGUACCUCUGACACGCGCCAAUCUCGCCCGCACCACUGUGCACGACGCCGCCGUCGAUGUUGUCUUCUCCACCAACCGCAAUCCCAUCACAGGUCUUCCACGCUCCAAGGAGGUCAACCACGAUGCUUCGGGCCACAUCCAGGCCACUGUUAUCAUCACCGUCUGGUCUGCCGAUGAUGCGGAUUACUAUACUUUGGUCUUCACCUCUGCCGCCGAAACCCAAUCUUCUUCUUCCCGCUCAAGUCAUCGUACUGUUGCCAGAACACACACCACCUUCUCCUCUGGUCUAGGCUCGGGCUCAAGUUCUAGUUCGAGUGGCCGUCGCACUCAACACCAACAUCGCACGAGCCUCUCUGGCAGCCCCUCUGUGUUUGCUCCAUCAGCUUUGCCAAGUGGACCCCCGUCUCUAACUGCCUCUGCCGCUGCGCCGUCGCUGUUUUCAAAGUCCAAUCGUCUAAAAGAUGCUCUUUUGAAUUCACUGAGUGACCCAGCCUUUGCCAUGUGGAAGGACGAGAGUUUUGGAAUUCCCAACAAAGCCGCAAUAAGAAUGGUCUACCCUGACAGCGAGGACAGCCCCACUGGAGUCCGGGACCAGCGCGAUUUCCUCUCAAAUUACAUUCUCUGGAAGGAAGAUUUUUCUGAAUUGCUACCUAUGAGCGAAUUUCCCAUCAUGCAUCUCAUGACGACACAGAAGCGAUACACUGGCAGACGUCUCGGCAUGCACCAUCCCAAAACAGGCGAGAGAAUCAUAUACGAUGUUGACGGCGAAACGAUCAACGACACUAAAACCGGCGAAUUCCUCGGUGGCCUUGUCAUUUUCCACAAUGUCACUGAGUAUGCCAAUACUAUUACCGCUCAAAAGGUCCAGAAUGAACGUCAGUUUGAGGACAUUACUAAUAUGAUCCCACAAAUGAUUUGGACAACAACUCCAACCGGCUCGCACGACUACUUUUCGAGGAGGUGGUACGAAUAUACAGGUCUUACGCCUGAACAAAGUCUGGGCGACGGAUGGGAGAAUCCCUUCCACCCAGACGACAUGGAGCUGACAGUCAAGCGAUGGAAACACAGUCUUAGCACUGGUGAGGAAUACAGAACAGAAUACAGAUGUCAUUCUUUCGAUGGUGAGUGGCGUUGGAUGCUAGGACGAGCUGUGCCGAUGAAGGAUGACAACGGAAAGAUUGUCAAAUGGUUCGGCACUUGCACUGACAUUCACGAACUGGUGCUCGCUCGAGAGGAUGCACGUCAGACGAGACUCCGACUCUCACAAGUCAUCGAAAUGGCCAAAAUCACGCUUUGGUCGGUAAACCCUCAGCGCGAUCUGUCUAUGCUUGAGGGUGCUAUUGUUUGGAACGACAAUACCAAAAUGUCUGAUGAAGAGAUCCGAGACAAAGCCAUUGGCAAGAACGUGUAUGAGCUGUUUGACAAAGACGCCAUCCUGGACGGUGACCAUCAUAGAGACUACAUCGAAAAUAUCCUUACCGGCAAACAAAUCGACGAGACUACAGAAAUCCAUAUGCAAGAGACCAACAGAUGGAUCCGUACAAGGUUUGUCCCAUUGCAACGUCUGGAGCGUAAUGCUGGCGUUGAGGGCCAGGCUUUUGUGGAUGGUGUCGUUGCUGUCAGUAUGGAUGUCACAGACCUGAGGAAGAGAGAAGAACAGCUUCGAGAACGUGACAGAGAAAACUCACGUCUGCUAGCUCAGAGCGAGGCUGCGAAGGAAGCAAGCAAGAUGAAAUCGCAGUUCCUAGCUAACAUGUCGCACGAGAUUCGCACUCCGAUCGCGGGUGUCAUUGGCAUGUCUGAACUCCUACUGGAUGAUACCGAAGGCACUUUGACCGAGGAGCAACGUGAAUGUGCCGAAAACUUACAAAGAUCUGCUAACGGCCUACUCACUGUGAUCAACGAUAUUCUGGACUUCUCCAAGGUCGAAAGCGGCCGAUUAGACAUAGAGGAUGUUCAGUUUGACUUGAACGUUGUCGUCCGCGAUGUCAACAAAAUGCUCACCUUUGCGGCUGAACGUAAGGGUUUGAUGUAUAUUGACGAAACCCAAGAGCUCGAACGUCUGAAGGUUAUGGGCGACCCAGGCCGACUGAGACAGAUCUUGACAAACCUCCUUACCAACUCAAUCAAGUUCACCUCGGAAGGAAGCGUUACGAUGCAGGUCAAGAUCAGAGAGGAGACUGCAGAGACUGUCGCUGUUCAAUUCACUGUGGAAGAUACUGGUAUCGGAAUUGAAGAGGAAGUCAGGAAAAGACUUUUCCAACCUUUCUCUCAGGCCGACUCCAGCACCGCCAGACGCUUCGGUGGAACCGGUCUUGGUUUGACCAUUAGCAAGAACUUGGUUGAGCUCAUGCAUGGUGAGAUCUCACUUGAAUCUUCCUUAGGUCUCGGCACCAAAGCAUCGUUCUGGAUACCCUUCAAUAAGGCCCCAUAUCUAUCAGGCGACUCGCCACCAUUGGACAUGGGCCCGAUCCCACACCGACUGCAAUCUGAGCUGUCAAUGUCAGAAUAUAGCGGACCACAACCACCAGGUUCGCCGCUAAAACCUGGCAUUCGUCAAGCUUCUGUCGAUUCACGACGAGGUUCUCCGGCUCAGCUUGAUAUGCCCAUGGUACUUUCGGACGAGGAAAGGCGGAGUACGCACGUGCUGGUUGUUGAAGAUAAUCCUAUUAAUCAACAGAUUGCCUUGAAGACGAUCAAGAAGCUCAAGUUCUCGGUCAAUGCCGUUUGGAAUGGACAAGAAGCCCUUGACUAUCUCAGCAAGCCAGAAAGCUCUGAGCGCCCAAGGCCAGAUAUUAUUCUCAUGGACGUACAGAUGCCUGUGAUGGACGGCUACAAAGCGACAUACACUAUACGACAUUGCGAGCCAUUUGCUGCCGACCAACAGAUCCAGAAUACGCCCAUUGUCGCAAUGACUGCAAGCGCAAUUCAAGGCGAUCGAGAGAAGUGUGAGAAUGCUGGAAUGAACGAUUAUCUGGCAAAGCCUGUGAAAGGCAAGACUCUGGAGCAGAUGUUGCUGAAAUGGGCUGUUGAAAAGAAACGCAAAGCGGCCUUGUCAUCAAACCCAGCUGUCUCUACAAAAGUUGUGGACGUUCCUCGCCCUGCACUUCCGUCAGCUGCCUUGGAAGACGCUCCGCAGGAGGAGAUCAAGACACCAGCGGAUCUACUUGUACCUGCACCGGGUCAAGGAGCAUCAGACGUUCUUGCAACAAAGCUCAGCAAACUCAAUUACCAGAACGAUACGGUAUUUGCACGUUCAGCAGAGACAGCAGAAAGUCGUUCCAUGGACCGCUUACGCAACGAAGAGAAGGCGAUGCAGCUGCGCGAUCAACAAUUGUUUGCAAGCGCAGCUACGCCUAAGAAGUUGCUGGGUGUACUGGGAGAGACAGUGACACAAGACGAUGGAAUCGAGACUCGGCCCUCCAAGCUCACACGUGAGAACAUUGAGAAGCUGAGUCGAAACGCACCAUUGAGCCACGUUACUCAGCCAGAUGUGGAUACGUCGAGCCUAGAUGUCACGGUUGACAGUAAUGCGCCGCAGCGCGUAGGGAGACCAUCAAUUGGGACACGGUUGAAGUCCGAUGGUGACAAGACGGUCUUGCCAGAAUGA